UGUUUUGCUAAAACUAUUUGGCAUCACUUUGAAACCAUUUUAGAUUUCUGUCCAGCUAAGUCUGGUACCUUCAUUAGUUACAUUAAUAACUGGUACCUUGACUACCAUGGCCCUAUUAUUGAUUUCAAUUAUCUUUUACCCAACAUAGUAACUUGGCAUCUUUGGAAGGUCCGUAAUAAGGUCCUUUAUGAUAACAAAUUGGGUCAUAUACCUGAGGCUAUAAAUGUUAUUAAAUAUGAUAUCUUUGCCAUUUCGGUUGUCAGACCCCUCACUGCCACCAUUGUCACUGCCCCUUUUAACAUCCAGAUGAUACCUCCCAAAAAGAGCCCUAAGACUGCCACUCUUAGCAGCUGGAUCAAACCGCCGAUCAACACCUAUAAAGUUAACUUGGCUACCAUAAGGCUCACGUCCAACAUCACCCGCUCGGCUGCCAUCAUCCGUAAUCAUGAAGGAAGUUAUAUUGGGCAUGCAACCCAUUUGGCUAGCCAAAACCAAACAACCAAUGCCUCCUAUGAUGCCCUUGAUUAUUUCAUCCCUCUCUUAAACAACAUUGUGCCUACUAACGUUAUCUUUGAAGUUGAUGAUAGGAAUGUUUAUGAAGGGAUAGCUGGUGUCU